AUGGCACCCUCAGCGAUCACAACCUCUCCUCCCAGUGAUCCUGUUUUUUCUCAGACCGCUGAAACCAAUAGCCAAGUACAAGUUGACGCAUAUGCCGUGCAAGCUGGGGUGCCAAAUUUCCAGGGCUACGAUCAUAUCACAUGGUGGGUAGGAAAUGCCAAGCAAGCGACAACAUAUUACAACCAACUCUUCGGAUUCAAGACUAUUGCAUAUAAAGGACUUGAGACUGGAAGCAGAUAUUUUACAUCAUAUGUCGUGGAAAAUGGUGAUGUCCGUUUCGUCUUCACAUCACCUGUCCGCUCUUAUGUACAUCUACCCAAGGACGAACCCAUCUCGACGGAAGAAUACACCCUUUUAAAACAAAUGCACGAUCACCUCGAGAGACACGGUGACGCCGUCAAGGACGUGGCUUUCGAGGUCGACGAUGUGGAUGCCGUCUACAACAGAGCUGUGUCCGGUGAUGCCGAGACAGUGCAAGAGCCCACUAUCUUCCACGACAAGCAACACGGCUCCGUCAAGACGGCCGUCAUCUGCACGUACGGCGACACCACCCACACGCUCAUCUCCCGCAACGACUACACGGGUCCUUUCCUGCCCGGCUUCCGCGCCCGCGCGCAGGCACCCAGCACGGUCGAGGCGCCGCCGACCAACCUGUCGCGCAUCGACCACUGCGUUGGCAACCAGGACUGGAACGAGAUGGUCAAGGCGUGCGACUUCUACGAGCGGUGCCUACAGUUCCACCGGUUCUGGAGCGUCGACGACUCGCAGAUCUGCACCGAGUUCUCGGCGCUCAACUCGAUCGUCAUGAGCUCGGCGAACAACGUCGUCAAGAUGCCCAUCAACGAGCCCGCCCCGGGCAAGAGAAAGUCCCAGAUCGAGGAGUACGUCGUCUUCAACAGCGGCGCCGGCGUCCAGCACAUCGCCCUCCUGACCGAGGACAUCAUCCACACUGUGGCCGCCAUGCGCGCCCGCGGCGUCGAGUUCAUCAGCGUCCCCGAGAGCUACUACGACACCAUGCGCCAGCGCCUGCGCACCGAGAAGCGCAACUGGGAGCUCAAGGAGGACCUCGGGACCAUCCAGCGCCUCAACAUCCUCAUCGACUACGACGAGCAGGGGUACCUGCUCCAGCUGUUCACCAAGCCGCUGAUGGACCGCCCGACCGUCUUCAUCGAGAUCAUCCAGCGCAACGCCUUCGAGGGCUUUGGUGCCGGUAACUUCAAGAGCCUGUUCGAGGCGAUUGAGAGGGAGCAGGCCGAAAGGGGCAACUUGUGA